GUAAAAGGAAAGAAUGAAAAGUGAAGUAUAAGUACAGACAGCUGUUUUGUUUAUAAAACGCGCACAUUUUAUCGUUUCCGUUAUCGGUUCUGUUACUAAACGAAAAAAUUGGGUAAACGUGGGAAUUAUAUUAUUGUUUGUGUCCAAAAACUUGUACCAUGUCUGUCCACAACAAAACACUAACAUUGAUAGCAUCCAAAUUAGGUAUUAGUGAUAAAGAAAAACUUUUAAACAAAGCAGCGGAAUUUGAGAGACUCCUUCAGAUGAGAAAUGUAGCCGGUAGUAACAUGACAGACACAAGCAAAGUAGUGAUCUGCUUGGAUUUGGCUGCAAACGUUUUUGGGAUUGAAUUUGAUGUGAAAGCUGCCAUCAAAUACUCCGGUUUGAAGCCUACAAUGUAUACAAACUGCCGGAAGGUGGUAGUGAACCUUCUGGAGCUGAACUCUGAUAGGUUGACAGUGUCCACACUCUGUGUCACACUGCAGUGUGCAAGCGUGCAGGAGCUGGCUGACAACAUAUUAGAGGAGUACCAGAAGCAGGCUAAAGUGGAACUUGACCUCGAUCUGCCUCAAUAUGUGUGUAUGGCAGUGUCUCAAGCUUGCAGGCUGUCCAAAGUGAAAGUGCCAAAGACAAAACUAAUAGAGAAGUCUCGACUUAAGCCGGCACAGUGGGGCAAACUCGACGCGGACUGGACCAAAUUUGUGGACGACAAAUUUGCUGUAGCGAAGAAGAAGCGGGGACGACCUGCUAAAACUGCUGUAGUCGAUGAAACCGAACAAGAAUCGAUGGAAAUAGAGGAGCAAAAAAUCGAAAUCCAAGAGCCACAGACAGAAAGCUACGAAGACUGGAAACGACGAAUGCUAGAGGCGGCGUACAAAGAGUUGGCGCUUCUAGAACAAACACAGAAAAUUGAGAAGGUCCCGACCACCCCUCGGAGAUCUCCAAGGAAGACCCCGCAGAAAUUCUCACCAUAUAAGAGUCCGGGUAAAAAAAAUGGCGUCAGGUUACUCUUUCCGCUUAAUAUAUAAAGGCCUUGGGUUCCGGUGCUCUAUUAUUCUGUGUUUCUGAGACUUCUUGUGGGUGUUCAUAUACACUGGAUUCCUCUUAGUCUUACUGCAUAAAGAAGUGAUAAUUCAUACUCACUGUCAUCAUGGGCGUACCUAGAGACAUUUUCCAGGAGGGCACAAAAGGCCGGCAGUGUUUCGAAUAGGAUUCACGAUAUUUCACUCUAUGGCUGAGGAAGGAACUGGAAAGCGAUCAGAUGAGAGAGAUAAGGUUUUAUAAUAUUUUCGACAAAAUAAUUAGUUGUUUACGACAAUCAUAAAAGGCUGGUUAACUAUAUUUAAAUUGUUAAAUUAAGUACAAUUUUAACUAUGAUACCUGAUUAUGAAAGAAAUGUUGUAUGUUAAUAUGUUUAUUUUUUUACCAAUGACAAUUUACAACAUAAGUGUUUUAAAGUACCUAUAUUUCACUUGUACAAACCCUUGUACAACACCUUGUACAACCCGCCUCGUAAAAUGGUAAUGAAAACAUCCCUCUUGUUUGCUUUAUUUUAAAAUUACAAACAAAAACGUAUAAAGAUUUCAGAUUCAUUACAAAAUUGAACAUCUCGUAAAUAUUUUUAAGACAUUAAGAGAAGGAUAAUUUAAGGCUUUGUUCAAGUUAUGAAACCUGCUGAUAAAUUCAAAGACUGUAUUUUAAUAUCAUUACUAAUAUAGAUAAAAUUUGUGUGAACUCUUUUUUUAAAUGACAUUUUUAAAAUACAAUAUGGUGACUUUUAGAA